UCAGGCUCAUUUCCGAUGCCCGAUUCACCCCGCAGUGGAUAUUUUAGGUCUAGCACACUUGAGCACAAGCAGAAGGAAGGUUGGUCCUUCCAAAUGGGCAAAAAAUCAGUCGCAGGUGCUCAAUUAUCCAAGUCAAAGGAAGAAGCAAGCUCUUCAUCCCAGGCAUCUGAUUCCCAAAGGUGGAACCAUUUAGUUAUGAAUCGUCUCAAGGAUAUUAAGCAAAGAAUAAAGCAGGCCCUCAAGGAAAGGAGAAAGAGUAUUAAACAUACAAGUGUCAAUGAGCUCACCCUCCAGGUUUCUUCAAGAGAUCCAUUGUUCACAAAUGAGAGCGAGGCAGUGGAAAGCUCGGAAAAGAUGGCCAGUAGUUGUCCUCCGAACAAUGCCGAUGAUCAUGAUAUCGACAAUGGUAGACUCAGAAUGAUGAUAAGAACAAAGUCUAUAAAUGAGUCACUAGAUAGAUACACUCGUUUGUUUCAGCAUAGUGCAAGCAAAGAAGCCAAUUUGAAUCAUUCAAGGAGCUUAAAGUUGAGCAAUGAAGAUAGAGUUUCAUCAAGAGGGAAUAAUGCUCCCAAGUUUUUUAGGAGGAUUUCAUCCCUGUCUGAUCUUGAAUCAUUUUGCUCCCUUCUAUAUGAAGUGUCUUAUGACGCUCUUUCUUCGGAGAUCCCAAUCAGGAGUAUCCAAGAUAAUGAUGCAGACAAGGAAACCGACCCUCAUAUAGAACCAAAACCAACUAGUUUCCGUGAAGAUAUCGAUAAACUUGAACUAGUAGAAGCUGUUAUAGAGUCUGAAUUGCAGGAAAACAGACGAGAAGGAUCGAAUAGCUGUGAUUCAACCGGCGGUGAACGAAUUGCUAAACCAUGUGAGUUUAAUGAAGAUGCAAUUGAGCUGACGCAAACAACUUCAGAUUUAUGUGACAUAACCACACAGUGAAGCUUCCAUUGUCAGAAG